GCUCGACACAGUACGCUAACCUGUUACUGGUUCUCCUUCCACCUUCCUCCUCCUCCUCCUCUGCCUUCUUCGCCUGGGCGCUACAAACUGAGUCAUUCCGUGUUGCCCAUGUCUCCUGGGGAUCUCGCCAGCCUUUCUGCAGCGUGCUCGCUGCUGCUGCCGCCGCCGCUGCUACUGCUGCUGCGUUCUUCGGGAGUUCACCACCAGUCAACGUGCACCCCUGCUGCUCCCAUGCAGAUCUGGGGUCCGGGUCUGGCCGGGGCUCGGUAGACGGGAGCCGGCGGCAGCAGCCAGCCAAGCCUGCCCGCCAGCCUUUUUGGAUAGCCUGAACUAUGCAUAAAUCUGCCGAGUGAACGCUGCUGCUCCCUUUCCAUUCACUUGCACCUUGUUUGUUUGAUUUCUUGUAGGCCUCUGCGGCAGAGAUGGAGAAAAUAAGGGUACGAAAUUCCUGGGUGCCAACCUGCCUAUGGCAACCUAGAAUUCUCCAGGGCAGGCUCGCAAAAUCUUCACCUACCCUCUGGGACAGCACGUUGCAGGAACAGAAGGGAGAACUUCGCAAGCGUCUCUCCUACACAACCCACAAACUGGAAAUGCUUGAAACAGAAUUUGAUUCUACACGCCAAUAUCUUGAAGUAGAACUCAGACGUGCUCAGGAAGAACUUGAAAAAGUGACUGAAAAGCUGAGACGGAUACAAAACAAUUACCUAGCCUUACAAAGAAUUAAUCAAGACCUAGAAGACAAAUUGUACAGGAUGGGUCAACAUUACGAAGAAGAAAAAAGAGCUUUAAGCCACGAAAUAAUAGCCCUCAAUAACCAUUUGAUAGAAGCCAAGGUGACAAUUGAUAAAUUGUCAGAAGAUAAUGAGCUCUAUAGGAAGGAUUGCAAUUUAGCUGCUCAGCUGCUCCAGUGUAGCAAGAAUUACGACAGGGCGCAUAAGCUUUCUGAGGAACGCGUCAGCAUCCACCUGGAGAAGCACGGGUGCAGCCUCUCAGUACCUCUGUGUCAUACAUCCUUUGCAGACAACAUACCGACUUGUGUCAUUGCUAAGGUCCUGGAAAAGCCUGACCCAAACAGCCUUUCUUCUCACUUGUCAAGCUCAUCGAACAGAGAUCUCGCCUUCCAGGACUCUGUCGGAAAGCUUGCCCAGAGGCCUCAGUACAAGUCCGACAUCUACUGCAGCGAUACAGCUCUUUACUGCCCUGAUGAAAGACGCAGGGAGAGGAGGCAGAGUGUUGACAUGCAAGUCAAAGAUGUUGGGUUCCUGAGGUCCCAGAAUUCCACGGACAGCACUGUCGAAGAAGACGGCUUCCAUUCCAGCUUCUCCCACGAAGCUUUCCCAGAAUACGUUACCUCUCUGCCAACUUCUAGCUCCUACUCCAGCUUCAGCGUGACAUCCGAGGAGAAGGAAAAUGCCCAGGCUAGCACGCUGACCGCCUCUCAGCAAGCAAUCUACCUGAGCAGCCGGGAUGAGAUGUUUGAGAGAAAGCCAUCUUCAGGUUAUGACCACCAGGGGAGCCCGAGGUUUGCAAAGUCUAAGUCCAUCCAGCACAUGGAGCUGGCUGACGACAACAACUCCCCGACCUUCACUAGGACUAUGUCGCCUUAUGCAAGUGAGCCUUAUCAUUUCUCGGCCAUAACUACCCAACAAGCUUUAGCAUCGCAGAAGAUGCACAGCGAGUGCAGGAACACCAACUUGUCCGAAGAGGACCUCCCGGGACGUUGGAGGCAGCUGAGCGUUGAGGAUAUCGGUGCGUAUUCUUACAGGAACAGUGGCAGGCUUUCGCCCUGCAGCUUCUCGGAGCAGUACUACAGAAGCCCCAUCAAGAAAGCCGACAGCCGGUCGAGUCCCAUUUAUGCCAGUUACAAAGGUGAUAGCUUCUCAGAGGGAGACGACAUCUGUCAGAGCAGGCUUGUGGAUUCUUGCUUCCUGAGGACGGACAGUGGCCUGAACAUUGACAUCAGCAGUAGCUGCAAACAGGACAAGCUGCCCUCUUACAAAACGAAAGAGCCGAGAGACAAAAUGAACGAAAGGAUCACAGUCCAGGUGUGCAGUAGUAAAAGCAUUGACGGGAGCCCAGCGUUGAAAAGAGAAUACGUUGAUGUCAGUCCAAACAGCUCAGCUGAGUCCCUCAACCAGAGUUCUAUGGAGGCUUCGGAGAUCCACCAGUCUUCCAUUGAGCAAGGAAACCAUUCGAGCCUCCAUAGCAAGCAGCAACAGUUUCAACGGACUGGAAGUACAGGCUUGAGUCGGAAGGAUAGCCUCACGAAAGCACAAUUGUACGGGACCCUCCUCAAUUAAACAUCUUCCAAAGUUGCAAUAAGGAGACAAACAUCACAAUGACAAACGGUGACAUUUGAUACUUCUAGCAUACGGUAGGCUUCUGAGCAACAGUAUUACAAAAUAUAUAUUCAUAUUCACAAUAGUACUGUUUUAAAGGGAUGGGGGAAACCCAAAUCUGAUUAUUUAAAACGGGAAAAAAUAAAAAAUAAUUACGCGGCACUUUUCACACGAUGACUUUUCCAUCUUGGAUACCAACCCUUUGCCCACUUUUAUAUCCUGAGAUAUUUUUAUAAACAAAUCAGUAUUUAUUAGACUGUCCUUAGUACUCUCAAGCGCUUUGAGUGACACUUUUUUGUCCCCUUCAAGUAGGUUUCUUAUUUAUUUUUUGUGCAUGAGGCCACAUGUGCCUGAAUUCUUGGAGGAGAAGGGUUUAAAAAGAGAGGAGGGAGGGGGGCGAGAGAAAGAGAGAACCCUUAUCACAAGGACAAAUCAAAUCUCUCUAUGAUUCUUUAAAAGUUUGGGUUGUGUGUGGUGCAGGAUGUACAAGAAUGGUGAUGUUAUAAAGAAGUAUAUUUUUUAAAAUGCAAUGGAAACAAAAAUGACCCACUAAGUUCUUUAAUACAAAUGUAUUUCAGAGUAUGAACAAUUUUGGGGGGGUGGGGACAAAUGCACAAAAUGAUACAGAUAUUUUGGUUGGUCUGUCCCAUUGUGUUUCUACUUUUCUGCCCUGUACACUACCUCAAAAUUAAUUGAGGGUUUCUUUGUCACUUAUUUUUCUGUAGGCUUGCAUUUAUAUUGUCUCAAAUGCAUGGAGUGUCAUAAUUAGUACUGUAUUUUGCAUUACUUAAUAAAAGACACCAGUGGAAA